CCUAGGUCCCUGCAAGCCAGCUGGGCCCAGGUCUCUCCAGGUUCAGGCUGUCCCAGCUGGCCCUGGGGAGGGCGGGGCUGGUUGCUAAGGCUGCAGGUGGCGUGGAUCCGGAAGCAGGAAGCACACUGCUUUCCUAGGAUCUGGGGACCUGCCUGGUAGGGGGAGCCGAGGCCACCGGAGGCAGGCAGGUGCCGCAGUGGAGAUGGGGCUGUCAGGAGAGGAGCUGAAGCAGGAGUUGGAGACCACCGCCCAGGAAGUGCUGGGGAGGCUGAAGAGCCACCAGUUGUUCCAGUCCCAAUGGGACACCGCCGCCUUCGUGGUCUUCCUGACCUUCGUGGGCACUGUGCUUCUGCUCCUGCUGUUGGUUAUUGCCCACUGCUGCUGCAGCUGCUGCUGUGCCUCCUCCAGGCCUCGCAAGGAGAAGCCCAGGGGUGUGGACAACUUGGCCCUGGAACCCUAACACUAGCCUCUUGGCAUGGGGCCUGCUGAGCAAUACUAACAAAGCAUGUGUAUGCCAAA